AGACAUUACAUCAAUCUAAAAUUAGUAAUAGCUAGCAAAUAUUUUUGUACUUUCCUUGUUUGAGUCUGCACUAUAAUGCAUUAUCGUAACCUGUUUUUACGUUUCGAAAGUAAACAUACCUGAUUCAAUACUGGAAUUCCAAAAGGAGUAAUCACAGACCCAAUCUACGUGGAAUUAUAUUACAAACAAUUUGUUUGAAAUGGGUAACGGAGCUGGACAUUUUCUACAAUGUGUAUUGAUUCUGAAGUGUAUAAUUAUUGGACUACUCAAGAAUGUAUGUCUGUAUAGAGGACACACAUUUUCGAAUUGGCAUUCCGGAUUUACAUUCGCUAGUUUAUGUUUUGAAGUUAUAAGUGUAUGGUUAGUAUUUACCAGUGAAGAUGCAAGCCACAGAAAACAAAACGAUGAUGUUGAUGCUGUAGUCGGAACUAAUACAUUUGGCUUUAUCUUGAAGUGUUUAGCUACACUGAAUACAUAUUACAAGGAAUUAGAAGAGAUAAAAGCAAUGUGUUCAUUGUGUACAGUCAUGGAAAUAGGUUUGGAUGUACUGAUAUGUUGCUGCUACUGUUGUGUUGAUGGACCAAGAAAAAAUUCAUCAAAAAUGAAGCUGCCUGCGUAAAUGAACAUCAACUAGAUAUUCAUGAAAUUCAUAAAAACAACAACAACAACAACAACGACGACGACGACAACAACAACAGGAACAUUUAUUUAGUAUUAAAAAUUGUAUAUAGCUUAUACUGAAUACAAACUAUAUUAAGCAGUUUUAAACCUGAACUAAUGCAGCAAUUUAAAACAAGAGAAGAAAACAUCCAUCUAUAAUUUAUUCACAAAGUAUUGAAAUUUUGCUAAAUUAUUUCAUACUCAUGUACGUUUUCGUCUCGAGUUCAGGUAAACAUCUUUCCCUUGACAGUGAUUACUGAUAAGAACUCACCUUACUUGGGCACAGCAAACACAGUCUCAGAGCCACGCAUUUGCCAAGUUGGCCCGCAACAAAAGGAAGCUUUAAUGGAAAAAUGUUACAGACGGGUUGCUUCAAAAGUCCAACAAGUACAUUUUAAUUUUAUGCAAAAUACAGAAAAAAGAGGAGGAAUGGGUAGAUGGUAGAAAGUGGGUAGGUUAAAGAGGAAAUUGGAACAAGGAUGACUAUUCAAAAGGGAAUGCUACGUGCCUUAAUCACAGUUACCAUGCAAGGUAAACCACAGCAGCACAGGCACUCGUGUACAAAAGGCAAACACACAAAUACAUCGAACUAACUUUCAUAGACACACAUAAAACAUCAAUCGGCAGCAAGAAAUCUCACAUAUUUGUAUAAAAUGUCAGGUUACGAAUUAAAUAUCAAGUUAAUUCAUUAAGUAGAUUACACUUGAUUGGCAACUUAUGGGUAUUGCUAAAUUGGUUACCAACAAUUUUACUUAAGAUAGUUUUAUAGUUUAUUUCAAUGUUCCAUCCGGACAAAUGGCCCAUGAGGAAGGACAUACAGUACAUGAUACAUGGCAAGACAUUGUACAACAUUUACAUGCAAUAAAAGUGAAGUCUGAUUUUUUAAAAAUAUAUUGUUUCAGAAACAAAUAUAACAAAUAACACGGUAUUGUGUAUAAUAAGAUGAUUAUAAUUGUCUUUAUUAGCAACGUAAUCAUGUAUUGAUUUUAUCGAAAUGAAACUCGUGUUAAGCAUAUUACACAAAACAAAUUAAAUUGGGAUUUUGGGAUUCAUAAAAUACAAUAUACACUUGUUUAACUGUAAUGUAUACGUCAUCUCCAAAAGCUUACCGACUAAAAUGAGAUAUAGAAAAAGGGUAUCAAUGCAGACACGCAAACAAUUUCAAGAGAUAUACCUGGAAAAUCAAAAAUGUGGUGUUUAUAAAGUCAUUCGGAAGCUUUCGAGUUAUAUAUAUAUAUAAAAGUUUUGGGUUAUCUUACUGUUAUCCUUACGGUUAUAUGAGUUUACUACAGACUGUUAUCGUUGUUAUGUUUUAUUAUAAUAAAUGAAAAAAAAAAAAAAACUACAACAACAACAACAACAACAAAAAAAAAAUAACAUUAUGUACAAAUUUCAACCAAAUCUGAAAUCUGAAGUUGUGGAGUAUAUUUUAUUUUGUUUUAUCUGUUAAGUUAUGCUUUACAAGUGUUAUUUGUCAGCAAAUUAUCUAUGAUAUGCGUUCUAGUUUUCUAUGCAAGUAUGUAAGAAAAUGUUUCUUUUCGCUGAGUGACACUUUCUGCGGGCUG